UGUGUCCUGCCCCUGUUGCUAAAUUACUCAACACAGGCUGCAGUUUAGGUUCUCAAAUAGAUCAACAGGGACCCGAAUCAAUCGGAAAGCACAGGACUUUGCUGGGGGCUGAUGGUGCUCCUGGUACCUCUAAUCACUGUAUUCAUGGUGAAGCUCAGUCAUGCCCGAACACACUCUCUGAGAUACUUUCGCCUGGGCGUUUCGGAUCCUGGCCACGGGGUUCCUGAAUUUGUCUCCGUUGGGUAUGUGGACUCCCACCCUAUCACCAUAUAUGACAGUGUCACCCGGCAGAAGGAGCCGCGGGCCCCGUGGAUGGCGGAGAACCUGGCACCUGAUCAUUGGGAGAGGUACACUCAGCUGCUCAGGGGCUGGCAGCAGAUGUUCAAGGUGGAGCUGAGGCACCUGCAGAGGCACUACAAUCACUCAGGGCUUCACACUUACCAGAGAAUGAUUGGCUGUGAAUUGCUGGAGGACGGAAGCACCACGGGAUUUCUCCAAUACGCAUAUGACGGACAGGAUUUCAUUGUCUUCAAUAAAGACACCCUGUCCUGGAUGGCAGUAGAUAAUGUGGCCCACAUCACCAAACGGGCAUGGGAAGCCAAUCAGCAUGAGUUACAAUAUCAAAAGAAUUGGCUGGAAAAAGAAUGCAUUGCCUGGCUGAAGAGAUUCCUAGAGUACGGCAAAGAUACCCUGCUAAGAACAGAGCCCCCACUGGUCAGAAUAAGUCGCAAAGAAUUUUUUCCGGGGAUUACAACUCUCUUCUGCAGAGCUCAUGGAUUUUACCCUCCAGAAAUUUCCAUAAUAUGGAAGAAAAAUGGGGAAGAACUUGUCCAAGAAGUGGAUUAUGCAGACAUUCUUCCCAGCGGGGAUGGAACCUAUCAGACGUGGGUGUCCGUUGAACUGGAUCCACAGAGCAGGGACAUUUACUCCUGCCACGUGGAACAUUGUGGCCUCCACAUGGUUCUUCAGGGCCAUCAGGAAUCGGAAUCCAUCCUUCUGGUUAUGAAAGCGGUCUUUGGGGCCAUUGCCCUCACCCUUGUCCUCACUGGAGUUGGAUUUCUGGCCAGGAGAAGAAGGCCCCGAGAGCACAAUGGAGUCAUUGACCCUUCCACAUGCAUCCGUGAAUGCAGUUCUCGCUCCUAGGAACCACACAGUCUCUUCUGUUUCUCCUGCUCUCAAGUCCAGUGACUGAGGAUCACGACCACAGCCACAACAUGCCUUGGCAUUACAGGAUUGAGUAAUUAUGGCAGAAAGAUGGGAACCACGACAUUUUCUUUGCUCUUUGGCUCCACAAGGACUGUCAGCAUUCAGUCUCUUUUGGUGGACUCCUUUAUCACAUGUGGCUUUAAGUACAGCUUCUCUCAUGACAUGGCACUUUCCUACACCCCAUUUCUCAGUGAUGAUUCUCCAACCUUGGAGAAUCUCAGAGCUGGAGGGAACCUUUUCAUUCAGGACAGGAAAUGAUCUUUUACGAUGCCUUAGACUCCAAUCCAGUCUCCACUUAAACACCAUGUGAUGGGCACCUCAAUAUAUCACAAAAUUUCCCUUCUUGUCCCUCUUCUUUCUUGAGAAUUUUCACUGUGCAAGAACAUUGAAUAUCACGGGCACCUUGAUUGUGACCUGACCCUAGGUAAUACAACCUCACGAGUGGCCAGAAGUUUUUACAAGAGCCUGUGAAUGGCCUGAUCAUUUUACACAUAGCCUAGCCUGAGAGAAAGCAAAAGUCCCCUGUUCUUCAUGACUUCUCUGCCUGGUAGUUUGGAAUCUUUAAAAUUAUGGCCUGGUUGGAUCUGUGGAGGUGGCUUCACCUUUCCUGUCUUUUGGAAAUUAAAACCAAUACUUAUCAAACCUAUUGUCACCUCCAGUGGAACUAUGGAGAUCUAGACCUAACUGCAAUGUUUAAAUGUAAAAUGAUAGUGUGCAUAUGCCUCAGAAGAAGGUUCAAUUCUUUCUUUUAUCCUUUUUUUUUUUUUUCAUGCUGAGGAUCAAACUCAGGACCUUGCACAUGCUAGGCACACACUAUUGAGCAUAUACCCUUAUCUCCAGAAGGUCCAAUUUUUAUUUAUAUCUCUUCUAUACUGGUUUAUUAUAACUGGGCUUGACUCACCUUCAUACUUAUGUGCUGGGAAUAAAGGGAAGUCCCCUUGUGAGAAUUAAUCAUUGAUUCUCCUUACUCUUCCCAACCCCCAAAGUCCUCACCUUAUUUACCUCCUGUCCUGCUGUGUGUAGCCACUGGCUCAGGAGUUGCCAGUCACAUACUUGUCUGUCCUACUUCUCUGACCCUGUUCGACUGCAUGUGUCAGACCUGAUACUUAUUAUCAUGGCCCCAACUUUGACAUGCACCUUAGGCUUCAUCUCUGCUCUCCAUUGGCCCGGACUGUAACUUCAAGCGUCAGAGCCAGAGAUAAAAACACUCAGUGUGGCAGCCUCCACUGUCCCCACCUAAUUCCGUGGAUUAACCUCCCACUGUACAUUGCUCUUUCCCAGGGCCUGUUGAGUUGUAUAUGAGGACAGUUGUGUUUGUUUUGUUUUUAGUGUUGCCAUGGGCAAUUUUCAUACCAUCUUUUAGCCUUACACUUGCACUGAAAAGAGAAUAUGUAUGAGUUUAUUUCUGGAAGAAUGGUUUCUUACAAUUAGAUUAGUUAGGAUGUAGCAUAUUUUUGGUUGGGCACUUAAAGUGAUACAGGUGACAUAACUGUGUAGCUGUCUGACUCUCCAGCUUCAUGGUGCUUUCAACAAAGACAGAAUAUCUGAAAGCCUCUUUGUCCACCCCAGGCUGUGCCCUAGGUCUAAAACAAUAAUAGACCCAAAUGGAUGAAGGGGUGGAGGGCAAAAAGAAUGUCUGCAGUUGCAGCAUUUCUGUAUCUCCCCAGGGGAUUUUAUAAUACAAAAAGUUGUAAAGAGGUGACUUUUUUUUUUUUCAGUACUAGAGAGCCAAUCCAGGGCCUCACACAUGCCAGGCAAGUGGCCCAUCACUCAGCACAUCCCCAGACCUAUAAAGAGGUGAUUUUGUUAAAUGUCUAAAAUUUAGGGCUGGGAUGUAACUCAGCAGCAAAGUACUUGCCUAUCUAGGCCCCAGAUUUGAUCUUCAGCACUGAAAAAAAAUAAUAAAAAAAUAAAAUUUUAAAAUUUCAUCUUACUAUCAAUGGUUCAAAUUAUACAUACUACUUUUUAAUAACUUUAGACUUGUCACUUCAUUAGUUCAUAUUUGCUGGUUGUAGAUGCUCAGUAAUCAGAAUGUAUAAAAUAUUUGGUAUUAUAAUCUAAAUAUGAGAAAACGAAGAACUGUGUUAUCAUCACACUCUUUUAUCAUCACACAAUUUUGUCUUUAAAUUGUCUUUACUGAAUAUUUUUGAUCAAGAACAUUAGAUGAAGAACUUGUUUACGUCUGUUCUUUCUUUUUUAAAAACUACGAUAUAUUUACUGUUUUCUUUUUAAGCACACAAGACCACAAGACCAAAACACCGUGUGCUGAGUGGCCGAAAGUGGUUUGAAGAGCAGCUUGGUUCUCCUGGCCACACUCCCCCGGCCUCUGCUUCUGUCUUGUUCCCACAACUUCCACGUUCCGACUCUCUCCUUACUUCCGAGGAACUUCUUGGUUUUUCCUCUUCUAUUUUUGGUCAGGCGACAGUGUUUGCACUUGUGGUCGUGAGAAACAGCCAUCCACUGGGGAAGCCAGCUGGCCAUUUUCUGGCAGAGUCUGACAGAGUGCUCACACUUUAUUUUGAUCUCCACUGUCUGGGGUCUUUGUCCUCCUGUGUUCAGGUCAAGCGUCCCCUUGGGUGAUCAGAUGGAUACAGAAAGUGGAGUGCCAAUGUAUUAAGGUGCUGUCAGGAAAACAACUGCCCAGUGGGCCAAGCGGGAUUUGUGCCAGCGGGACAGUCUACCUAAGAAACACCGACUCACAGCUGGAAGAGUGCUUGGUGACCCCAGAAUUGGGGCAGGGGGAUUCAUUUUUGCUUUUUAGUUCCUCUUUUCUGGGGUUUGCUAUUUUUUCACCCACAGUUUAUUCAUUCACAGAAUGUAAUCCAGGGAGGAGAAGGGAUUUUUCCCAAAGUCACACGCAAUGGGCAGCAAAGCUGGAGGGGGCAAAGGUCACCCAUCUCUAGCCAGGUAUUUUCCAGAUGACCACAUUGCCAUUCUUAGAGGAUGAUUCUCCACCGCCCUUUCUGAAAUGCCUUCACCUCCUUUCUUUCUUAGGACAUUCAAUCAUUUACCCUGAUCUCUCUGCAUCUCCCUUUCACUCUGGGCUCUCUUUCUCUAACACCCUUCUAGCCUCUGCUUCUCCCAAGGCCUUCUGACCGUGUAACAAAUCCCCAAACACAGUGAUUUCAAUAAUCAUUUCAUUAUCUUUCACAGUUUCUGCAGGUCAGGAGUCUGAGCAGGGCUUGGGUAGACAAAGCUGGCUUGUGGCCUGUCAGUGGAUUUGCAGGCAAAGAGGUGGCCGGAAGGAAAGUAGUGUAUACAGGACUAGGGCAGCUGAGGUCCUGGCCAGGCGUCUCUCUCCAUAUUCAGUCUCUCUCUGUAGGUUCCUUUGGGCUUCCUUACAUCAUGGUGGCCUCAGGACAGUCAGACUGCUUACAAGGCAUCCAGCUUCCUCAGAGCCAGUUUCCCAAGAAAUCAAAGCAGAAAUGCAUAGCACUCACAUAGUGUCACUCCUGCCGUCUCUAAUUGGUCAAGGAAAUCACAUUCGGCUCAGCUUCAGGAGGACUGUUGACGGUUCAACGGGGAAGAUGGCUGAAGUCACACUGUGAGAGGAGUUGUAGAUGGGAGCCCCUCUUUGCCCUCUUAGCUCUGCCUCUGGAGCCCAGGACUUCUGAUGCCAUCUUUGAUCCUCAACAAGAAGGUCAAGUUCCACCCAAGGGCAGAUGCUGAUGUCUUUCAGCUCAGACCCUGGGAUCCUGAGGUGCCCUAGACGGAAGACUGGUGGGAAGACUGAGGGCGAAGCCUAAACUGAGGCUCCAGGGGUGUCGCUGAGGCUUCACUGCGGCCUCUUUCUUCACUAAGGUCCCUCUUGCUUCCCCACAGCUGGUGUGGCUGAAUACAGAGAAUACCAAAUGCAGCCACAUACCCGAGGGCUGACCAUACAGAAAGAUGAAGCCCUAGGUGCCACUCAGUGGAGCUUCUUUGUGAAUCUUGUUUGAUUACAAUAUUAAAUUCUGACCAUUUA